AUGCAGUUCAAACGUAACAUUGUGUUCAAUGACACCACAAUGUUUUGUGAAAAGAAAGCCCAAGCAACUGGAGAUGACGGCAGCGUGGUGGAUAUUGUUCAAGGGAUUGAGGAUGCAGAAACAGCGGGUAAGAAAACAACGCAGCGCGAGGGGGCUGUGUGCCGUGCUCCUUGCCAGGAUACGUUAGCUCCCACUGAGCAGUUCUGUGCUCUGGAGCCUGCUGGUGGUUCUUGCCAGUUUAAAGCAAAUUACUGGAUAAAUGAAUACACUUCCACCUUGGGGAUUGGUGUCUUCCACUCUGGCAUCGAGAUCUACGGCAGAGAGUUUGCCUAUGGAGGGCAUCCCUACCCUUUCAGUGGGAUUUUCGAGAUCACACCUGGCAGUGCCGUAGAACUUGGCGAGACCUUUAAAUUCAAAGAAUCCAUUGCCUUGGGCACUACAGACUUCACAGAAGAGGAUGUGGAUAAGAUUAUGGAAGAGCUGGGCAAGGAGUACAAAGGAAACGCAUACCACCUGAUGCACAAGAACUGUAAUCACUUCUCUGCUGCUCUGGCCGAG